CAGGAAGUGGGGCGCAGCAGAGGGAGGAGCUGAGAGCUACAGUUUAAUUUUCACCAGAGCACGCACACACCCACACACACACAGCAGCACAUACCUGAAACUGAAAGCUUUCGUCGACAUCCACUUACAGUUGGUCAUGGACUGCAUAGAGCACAUCCUGUCCGUCGCUUCAGCAAUCUACGACCUGGUUGAGAAAGUGCAGGCCAAUAAGAAGCAGUGCCAACGUGUUCGUGAACGGGUCAAAGCCCUGCAGCAUGUGGUGGAGUCCAUCAAAACGGGGGGACAAUCCUCUGCCGACGUAGAAAGAACCCUCCGGGAACUCUCCACUACUCUGGCCUCAGCAAAGGAUCUCAUCGAGAAAUUCACUAAGUCCAACUUGCUGAAUCGCGUCCUGAAGUCCGGUAACCACCAAGACGUGUUCCAGAGUUUGAACGAUCGCCUCAAUGAUGCCUUCCAGAACCUUUCUUUAAAUCUGGCCGUGGAGCAGAAGGAAAUACUGUUAAAGGUGUUUGACCAGACGUCCAGAGACAAAGAAGACGAGAUGGACAGGAAGCAGGACAACACCGAGCUGGAGAAAUUGCUCAACGAGCAUCACAAGGAGAUGCUUGAGGAACUAGAAGCCUUGAAGAAAACAGUUGAGUCCGUGGAAAAGGUCGUGGAGAAAUUGAAUAAUCCAAGCAUUACUGAGGAAGCCAUCCGAAUGAUCAAACCAGACGAGCUGACCUACACUGAUGUUCCCAAAGUGCCCUUCAUAAAAACAGAAACAUCAGAGGUGUACAAAGGAACGUACCACGGCUUCCAGGUCGCCAUCAAGAAAUACACUGAGACUCUGAACACCAGCGUAAGCACGGUGAAGAAGAUUUUCGAUAAGGAGGUUGAAACCAUGAAGCGUUUUGAGUCGCCCAACAUCCUGCGAAUGUUUGGCAUCAGUGUGGCCGAGGAGGGACCCAACCCUCAGUUCCUCCUCAUCAUGGAGUACUGUGAGUUGGGAAAUCUCCGUCAGGUUCUGGACGAUGAAAAACUCACACUUUCCUGGACCACGAAAGCUCGUAUGUGUCGGGAUGCGGCGCGAGGACUCUACCGGCUGCACCACACUGAAGACCAAUCUAAGGUUCAUGGAUCCAUCAACAGCAGCAAGUUCCUGGUGUCUGAAGGCUACGUAGUCAAGCUGGGAGGCUUUGAGCUGGCAAAAACCGAGACAUCGCUGAAAAAGACUACAAAGGCAAACGCGCACGGGUCUCUGGCCUACUCUUCUCCCCAGAUGCUCCUCGACAUCAACCACAAGUACAGCAAAGCGUGCGAGAUUUACAGCUUUGGAAUCGUCAUGUGGGAAGUUGUGACCCGUAGCAAACCUUAUGAAGGUUGGUCAAAUAAGGACUUCAUUGAGAAAGUGUGCAAACAGAAAUACCGGCAGCCGCUCCCUGACGACUGUCCUAAACCGCUGGGAAAUCUGAUCAACGCCUGUCGGGCCCAUGAUCACUUCCAGAGACCAUCCGCUGGAGAGCUGGUGGAUAAACUGCAAACUGCGUUGGGAAAGAUAGAGGAGUGAUAAAAGGCUUCAUCCCUCGGCCUCUCCGUCAGCAGUACUCAGGAUUUCUGGUCAGGGACAUCCUCAGGAGAAGAAAUAAGAUAACAUAAGAUAAGAUUCCUUUAUUGUAAUUGCAUGAUGCAUACAAUGAGAUUCAGGUGCACUACCUGACACUGUGCUCAAAAAAAUAUCUGUCUCACAAUUAUCAGCAUAUGCAUAAGUUAAUGCACUAUUGUUAAGUCAUAGUCAGGCUGUAACUUGAUGAAAACUUCUGUAUAAUCCACACUAAAAUGUACACUAAAAGCCAUACUUUUUUCC